UUUGAUUUGAUUGGAUUCCCAUCCAUCUACCUCAGCCGUCGUCGUCAAGAAGGCACAGGGGUUCCAGGUGUUCCGCAUCGACGGCUAGUCGGUGACCAUGACGCUCCCCGGCGGCGAGCGUAUCACCUCGGAGCCGUUCGACGUUGGCGGCCGGGACUGGCCCGUCGACUACUACCCGAACGGCCCCUACGCCUUCAGGGACGACUCCGACUCCAUCGCGCUCUACCUCCGCCUCGCGGGCUCCCACAAGAAGGAGCGCGUGCGGGCGGCGUACAAGUUCAGCCUGCUCGACCCCGCCGGCAACGCGGCGUACGAGCUCCCCAAGGAGACGGCCAUCUUCACGGCCGCCGCCCACGUCUACGGCGUGCCCCAGUGCGAAGGGGAGGAGGCCGCGGGGGACCCCGGGCGUGGCUACGCGUGCUUCAUCACCAAGGAGGAGUUGAGGAGGCGGGGCAAGAGCUUGCUCAGGGAGGACACCCUCGCCAUCCGCUGCGACGUCGUCGUCGCGGAGGAAAAAAAUUAGGUGGGGACGGUUCCAAACGCUCUCCCGUGCGGACCCGUGCUGGAUGAACGCCGCGUGGACAGUUUGAGCAUCUCACGGCGACCUAGUGGAGCGCCUCCUCCGCAGCAAAGCUCGCUUGCUCGGCUCCGUUCCCAGGCGGCAGUGGCUCGGCUCCCACGCGCUGGUGGCCUGACGCCCGGACCUCCGCCACUCGCCUAUUGAAACACCGUACCUUGGCCUGUCGAGUGAUCUCCGCUGAUCUCUGUAGGAUCUUUAUUCAAUGCUCGUUUUGUUCAACUUGAUUCAUGGAGGCAUGUUUGAGUGUUUGAGCUUAGUUGGCUUGGUAAAUUUGCUCAUUAGGGCUCCACAGUUUCAAUAGCUUUUACCUGAAUUUUCUGUUUGUAAAUUACAGAUAAUAAAGUUCCAAG